GUUGUCUGUUCCCUUUAAAUGGUAGUCAAGAAAAGUUCAAAACAAAUAUUGUUGUAAGUGAUACAAUGUCCAGCACAUACAACAAAACAUAUGAAGAGCAAAGAUUGAACACCGCUGCUUGCACAAAGGGCCGCUUAAAACAGUGGGAGUAGCGUCCUGUUCUGAUGAGAGAAUGAAGCGUAUACGUGUUAUACUUACCUACCUGUGUUUCCAACAGGUGUCCAUUAAAAAGUGGUUUUCUGAUUCACACGGACGAGUGGCCGUUUAAGUGUUGAGACUUGUCAAGUUGCUUCAAUCAAAAAGUUGCCAAUUUUAGUGUCUCUUUUUGCAUCACACGGACAAGAAGCCGUACAAGUGUCAGACUUAUCAACCUGCUUUUAACCUGUUGUCAACAUAAUACUGGCUUGCUGUUUAAUAUCGAUGACAAGCCGCACAUGUGUAAGACUUAUCAAGCGUUUUCACAAAGGUAUCAUUUAAUAGUCGCUUUCUGAUGCACAUGGACGAGAAGCUUGGUUUUCACAAAGUUGUCAUUGAAUAGUCGCUUUCUGAUUCACACGGACGGGAAGUCUUACAAGUCGUGUAAAGCAGCAUUUUCAUACACUUCUAAUCCAACAAAACACGUUCUAAUUCACAAGGGAGAGAAACGAUACAAAGUGUGAUAUAUUUUUCAAUAAAGGGAGAGAAACAGUACAAAGUGUGAUAAACUCUCAAAUUAAGGGAGAGAAACAAAACAAAGCGUGAUAUACUUUUCAAUAAAGGGAGAGAAACCAUUUAAAUGAGAUAUGAGGUGCUGCUCUAUUAAGUAGAUUCACUUUAAAGAGUCGCAUGCCAACACACACUGGAGAAUAACCAUUUAAAUGUAACUAUUUUUACUAAAGCAUUGUGUAAAGAGCCACACGCUCAUCCACUCAUCCCUGAAAUUUAAUGUUAAUACCAACAUGCAAAUUAAUACAAGUGAAAAGCCGUAUAUUUGUGGAAUAUGUCAGACUGGGUUUUCACAAAAAACAAAUCUAAAGGCUCACAUGCGAACUCACACAGGAGAGAAACCGUUUGUAUGUGCAAUAUGUGAUGCUGCCUUUUUACAUAAACCUAAUCUUAGAACGCACAUGCGGAUUCACACAGGAGAGAAAUCGUACAAGUGUGAAAGUUGCGAUGCUACUUUUUCACAGGAAACCAAUCUUAAAACCCAUAUGCGUACUCACACAGGGGAAAGACCGUGCAAGUGUGACAUAUGUGAUGCUACUUUUUCUCAAAGAUCUACUCUAAGGAGACACUUGGUAAUUCACACAGGAGAGAAGCCGUACAAGUGUGAUAUAUGUAAUGCUGCGUUUCCUCUUCAACCUACCCUUAAAGCACACUUGCGUAUCCACACAGGAGAAAAACCCUAUAAAUGUGAAAUCUGUGCCGCUAACUUUUCUCAGAAACCUUCUCUUACGACACACUUAAGAAUUCACACAGGAGAGAAACCGUAUACGUGUGACAUAUGCGGAAAUGCUUUCUCACGUAGAUAUCUUCUUAGGGUACACAUGCGAAUUCACUCAGAAAAUAAACAGUACAAGUGUGACAAAUGUGAUGCUGGCUUUUCAAGACAAUCUCUUUUAACGAAACACAUGCGAAUUCACUUAGAGAAUAUGCCUUACAAGUGUGACAUAUGCGGCAUGCCUUUUUCAUGCAAAAAUCCUCUAAGGAAACAUAUGCUAAUUCACACAGGAGAGAAACCAUACAAGUGUGAUAUAUGUGACGCUGCUUUUGUCCAAAAAUAUAAUCUUAAGACACACAUGCGGGUUCACACAGGAGAGAAACCAUAUAAGUGUGACAUAUGUGAUGCUGCUUUUUCACAUAAACAUCGGGUUAAGAUACACGUGCGAAUUCACCACCCAGAAGUGUAAAAUGUGUAAGGCUUCAUUUUCAAAUUAACCGAAGUUUAGGACACACGUUCGGAGUAACCGUAAGAACAUGACACAUGUGAUGCUGCUUUUUUCUCAUAAAACGUAGUCCUAGAAGACACAUGCGGAUUUAUUCUCGGGGGGCGGGGGGGCGUAGAAGUGUGAGUGACGUGGUAUUGAAUUCCCUAAACACAUCAAAAUAAUUUGCCACAUUCGACGAGAAACCUUUCAAACGUGGUACAAGCAAUGCCGUUUCUUACGAAAUAAUGAUUUAUUUUAGGAAUGUAUUGCAGGAUUGAUGUCAUUAUCGGGGUAUGAACGCAAUUGGGCUGGUCAAAGUGUAUGGAGUCCGGUGAACUUUGACAAACCGGACUUUGCGUUCAUAUCCCCGGUAAUGACAUCAAUAGCGCGAUUCAUUACUUAUAUUUACACCAAUAGUGCAUUAUUUCAUUCAAGAAUUAUUAAAAAUACUUAUUUGAUUAGAUAAAAAGUACUUUCAGUAAUCCUUUCUUACCCAUUCUGUAAAAAGAACGACCGACAGUAAUUGGAAACGUUUUAUCAAAUGACGUCACGAUAACGCGGGAAAGUUCAACCACUUGAAAUCACUUUUAAACGUAUAAUUAAAACACUUAUGGCAACGAUACAUUUAACAUAACAUAAUUUAACACUUUUUAAAAUAUUUAUUUAUAUUUUACUGCACCUGCUGAUAGAAUACAAACAAUAAUCAGAUUUAUGUAUAUUGUUAUACGAUAAAUUGUGAUCCGAAGAUGUUGCAUUUAUCGAUUGAUAAACGCAAUUGCUGAAAGGUGGUUCAUUAAGGGAAUGGAAGUUGAGGUGUAAAUAUACGUAGGUAUUCAAACAGGAAGGAUACCAAAAACUGUUGAGUUAGUUGCUGAUGUUCUGUAACAAAGUGUUUCCAAACGCCCGCUGAAAGGAUAACCGCAAUCAGAAGGGUAAACGAGUGAAUUUGCCUUAAAAUGUCAUGUUAAACAAGUACUUGAAUAAACGAGUUCCAUCGAGUUGUUCCUUUUCCGCGGAGGUUUUUUUACUAUGGUGGCGUCGGUGGUUGACGGAUUGUAUUGAUUUAUUUACUUUGAAUCGGAAGUGCUCGUUUUAUGCAUUGCUACUAUUGCUACUGUUCAUAUUGAAUAAUUACAUGCAAAGUUAUCAUAUUUAACUGAUCGACCAAAGAGGCUGAGAGAGUGUCAACUCAUUACAUUUCAUGUCUGCGAUGCCAAAAAUCCACCGAGUAGAUCGUAAAGUCGAAGUUUCGAAAAGACAGUACUGAAUGUAAAUGAAAUAUAUGUAACUCGGGAACAUGUGCUCACGUAGUACACACACUUUAAAGGGACGAAACGUAAGAUCGCCCCAAAUCGUCAAUUACCGUAUUCCUCAAAGCAAGCCUAGAAUGGCACUGCGAGCUAGAAGGAUGCCAAUAAUACAUUUUUACCAUAAAAUAAUACACACAACAAUUAUGUUACUGUCUCAUCUGUGUUUCUCCGCAAUUUUGAAAUACUGCUUAUGGUUUAUUAGUUUAUAUCAUAUUCUGUGUGUACAGAUAAAUAUACCGACGCUUAUUUUAAACUUACUUUGAUUUACGUGGAAAAAUCGGUAAGUGAGAUCAAAUGCGUCGUUGUGUAUAACGUAUUGAAUCGUACCCAUCAUCGAUGUACUUCAAAGCUUACGAAACAUUUAUCUUUCAAAGUUAUUGCAUAUUUUCCCAUUUCGAAAUUUACUUGGUAUGCUUUAAAAUAGCGUCGAUAUAUUUAUCGACGUCAUCACAUGACGUUCCCAUGCUAAAUAUACACACUUCAUGGCUUCCGAAAAGAACGGACAGUGCAAGGAAGUGAAAAACUGAUGCGAAAAACGUCGACGGAUUUCAAAGAGUUCAAUACCUGCAGUGGCUACACAUGCAGAUGUUCUAUGUGUGUAUAGUUUCAACCUCUGUUUCGUAUCACCCUAUUUUUAUUCCUUGCCUUGUUCAUUGUUUCUGUUAUUCCCUUAGUUUGACUUAUUACAAUUGCAUGUAGUUAUAUUAGCUUGUGUAUGUCUUUCCUUUGUGAUCUGCAUGCCUAGUUACUAGUAUAGUUUAGAUUUUAAAAUGUUAGUUCUGUUUAUCAUAGUUCGUAUUUGUAAACAAGUUUUGUUUGUCUUAGCUUUUUGAUAUUCUUUAUGAAUGUCAUUUAAUUUCAGUUUAAUUAAGUUUAUGUGUGAUAUGAAUGCUUAGAAUAGUUAAUUUGUGUGCAUUCCGUUUAGUUUGCAGCACAUUUAUAUAUAAGGUUACUCUUUGUGUGAUAUGUAUACCCUUUCUUUUGUAUUUUACAAACAUGCAUACGUAUCUUAAGAUCAGUAUAUUAUAGAACAUUGAUAGUGUCUUGCACUUCUGUGUCACAUGUGUCUUGCACUUCUGUGUCACAUAUCAUGUUUUAAUUCAUUUAUUUCUUUUUUUUUUAUACAUUUUGUUUGUUUGUUACUGGUUAAUCUAUGUUAUGUCGGAAAUAGUUCAUAGCAAAUUUAAUAAAUUAGUUUAGAUAUU